AUGUUGAAUGAAGCUGGCAAAGCAGCAGUACCAUCUUCGGGGCCUAUUUCCGACGACAUUUGCCUAACGGCUAUUGAAAAAGAAGACGAUGAUGUGGAGAAAGCGCCAGUUGCCGCCUUGGACAAAGAAGAAUAUCCAUCGAAUUCGGAUCGUUCGCCAGGUCUUCAACAGAUUUCGGAUGGAUUUAAAGGAGCUAUUAACUCACUUUUUGGUAAAAAACCUGUGAAAACAUCGACUCGUGUCGAAUUUGAUGAAAACAUGGACAAGGAUGGCCAGACUGAUCGUGGACUAAUUGAGGUACAUAUUUUCAAAUUUUUAAAAUAUUUUUUAUAUUAAAAAAAUUGUUGUGUAUGAAGAGUUGUUUGCUGCCUAAAAGUUUCUAUUUAAGUUUUUUGGAUAUCAAGUGUUUUAAAAGAGAUAUGUUAAUUAAAAAACGCCGAAUAUCAAAAAAAGUUCGAAUCCGGAUAGUAAAAGUGCCAUUUUUUUAGUUUUUUUUCUAUUAGUGAAACUUUUUUUCUGAAUAUCUAAGACAUGAGUUUUAUAAAACGAUACAGGAUGUGUUUGAACCAUAAAUUUCAUAUUGAUACCACGUAUCACUAAAAAGUUACAUUAGUUUAAAACAUCGUAAAUCUAAAAAAGUUCGAAUCCGACUGGAGAACAAAAAUUUUGGGGCUCAUACUGAACAGCUUCCCAUUCUGUUUCACACCCUCAACCGCCAGUUCGCACACCCAGUGAAACCCCCAAGCUCCAACUCCAGGUCGAUCCCACUUGGCCGAACCAUAUCGGUAAUGUCCGAAGUUGGGGGUUGAGGGUCGCGCGAGAGAGUGCUGGUCUGCUGACUGGCCAGGGCGGUGAACGGAGGAGCUGAAUGAAGAAUUUGCAAAAUCUGCUGUCUUUUUUGUGGUGGGGGUGCGAUCUACAAUGGGUGGGGAUGCAAUCUACAGUGGGUGGAGGUGCGAUCUACAGUGGGUGGGGGUGCGAUCUACAGUGGGGGUUCAAAAUUUUCUGCAAAUUGAAAUUUAUGUGAGAAAUCGCAAGAGAAAAAAAAAAUUUUUAAUUUGUUUUUUGGAAAUAAGUCUUUGGAGGUAUGUUCUGGAUAAGAUCGGUGGGUACUUGAAAUGGUAUGGGUAUGGGGGCUAUUCUGGAUGAGCGCCAAAAUUUUUUGCCAUUUUAAAUUGGAAUAGUUUAGUAUUUUUAGAUCAAAUGCACGUACAGAAACUUGAAUGUUGAGGAUGAAACAUACUAUCACGGUUUGGUACGAUCAAUUGACACGGCCGUGAUGUUAUUAGAGGAAAUGUCAUUUUUGAUACAUCAAACUGCCCAUGCCGGAAAACAAGUGAGAAUCUGGAAUUAUUUUUGAAAAACCGCCAGAACUUUCUUUACAAAACUAUUUUUUGAAAAAAUUUAAUGAUAUUUUCAGUACUACAUUCUGUCACAUCGCUGGAAAGGCAAGAUUUGCCAUCGUAUUAUUGGGAAAAGUGAUGGAGUCAAGAAUCGAUGGUUCAUUCAUGAACAUUGUGCACCAGUAAGUACCAAACAAAAGUUUUUUUUAUGGUUCAAAGUUUUUAAAUCUUAUUUUUUUUAAUAUUAGAAAAAGCGACGAAAUGUCACAAAUUUUAUUGAUUUUAAGGAAAGUUGACGAAAUGUCACAAACUUUAUUGAUUUUUUAUAAAAAUUUCAGUUUUUAUAAAUUUAAUCUUCAGAAUAUAGUGGAGCUGAUUGACUUUCAUUGCUCGAAAAACGUACCAGUCAAUGAGCACGGUGCACUGAUAAAGUACGCCGUUCCGCGCCGUGAUUGGUCGUUGAAUGUGGAACAACUGAAGAUCGGGAAAGCGAUUGGAAAAGGAGAAUUUGGCUUGAUUUAUAAAGCUAAAAUCAGAAGAUUAUUUGGAUUUGAUAAGAAGGCUGUGGUUAAGGUACUGUUACGUGCGGACAAAAUGGACAGAUUUGAAAAGUGAGUUUAUAAUGGCAUUUAUGGUUGUAGAGUAGGGUAAAGAGGGUAUUGUAGGGUAGGAUAGGGUAGGGUAGGGUAGGGUAGGGGAGGGUAGGGUAGGGUAGGGUAGGGUAGGGUAGGGUAGGGUAGGGUAGGGUAGGUUUUAAUAAGGUAGGGUACUAUAAAAAUCUAUUUUUCCAGAGCCAGACUAUUCUGUGAAGCCCAACUGAUGAUGAGCUUACGCCACAAAAAUGUCCUCCAAAUCUUUGGAAUCUGUGCUCAUGGUGAAGAGCUAAUAUUAGCUUUGGAAAGGGCUUCUAGUAAGAUUUUUUUAUAAACUUUUUGAUCUUGGCAUAAAAAAUGAGUUUUUCCAUAAUUUUUGGCAGAUUUUUUCUAAAUUUUGUUACCUAAAAAAAGUAAAUUUUUAUUUAAAAAAAAGGUUUGUGCCAAAAUUAAAAAAAAAAGAUUUUUUCUACUAAUUUUUUUACCGAAAAAUUUAAUUUUAAAUUUUCAGAUGGAUCAUUACUCUCGUAUCUCACCUCCAAAAGCCGUAGUUCAAGUACGAAAGUUCGAUUUUGUAAGCAUUUGGCUGCUGGAAUGGCUUAUUUGGCCACAGAAAUGGUAGGUCAAUUUAUUUUUUGAUACAAAUUUUGUAUUUCAGACAUAAAACUUCGAAUUUACAGGUACUUCAUCGUGAUUUGGCGGCCAGAAAUUGUCUAGUCAGCAAGAGUGGAGUGUUGAAAGUGGCAGACUUUGGCCUGUCGACCGCUGGACUGGAGGCUUUUAAAUUGAAGGAGAAGAAGGUACCAAUAAGGUAAGAGACGAACAACUGGUACUUUGUGGUACUGAAGAUGUAUAGGAUUAAGAAUUUUUUUGACAAUUGCAAAAACUUUGAAAAAUCCACAAUUUUAGCUUGUUUUCAUUAAAUUUCGACCGUUUUCGGCAGAAUUUCAACCGUUUUUGGUCCAAAAAUUUUAUUUUGAAUUAGAAACUUGACAUUUUCUUUAGAUGGCUAGCCCCAGAAGUCCUAAUGCACAACACAUUCAGUGGCAAAUCGGACAGCUGGAGCUUUGGAGUAGUGUUGUUCGAGAUCUGGGCCAAUGGAAAACGGCCAUACGAUGAAAUAAAGGACAAGAAAGUGGUACGAAAGAAGGUACUGGAUGGGUAUCGUCUGGAGCCUCCACCUGGUACGACUUUUUUUGUUUUGAAAAAUUCGAAGUUUUUUAAAAUUUAAAAUUUCGGAAAUUAGAAACUUGUUUUUUGAAAUUUUUAAUUUUUCGAAAUUCCAGACAUGCCCGAGUUCCACCAAGAAAUAAUGGCCAGUUGCUUCAAAGCCGAGCCAAGAAAGCGAUGUUCACUACUCCAAAUCCAUAAAACGAUCCAAACUGGAGAUCUAGGCUGGCUCAACACUGAAAAACCCAGUGGCAGCCAAUCUGAACCGUCAAGCACCACCACCUAA